AUGUCCGUCUCUGGCCGACUUCUCUCAAACUCGUUGAAGCGCGCCGCGCCCGCGCGAACCCGCACUAUGGCUACUACCUCUGCAGAGUCCCUGGUCGCAUUCGGCGAAAAGCACGUUACGAAGGGUCUGCCCAAAUUGACGCAGGAUGUGUUCGACAAGGGCUCAGGGUCGUGGGUGACUAUGAAGAGCGGCAAGACGCUGCUCGACUUCACAUGCGGCAUCGGCGUGACCAACCUCGGACAUUGCCACCCAAAGAUCAGCAAGGCCGCGGCGGACCAGUGUAUGAACAUUGUGCACGCACAGUGCAGUAUCGCAUACCACGAGCCUUACCUGCGUCUCAUCGAGAAGCUUAUCCCGAUGAUGCCCGACCCCUCCCUCGAUUCAUUCUUCUUCUGGACAUCGGGUUCCGAGGCCGUCGAGGGCGCCAUUAAGAUGGCUCGCAUGAUCACCGGCAAGCAGAACAUCAUCUCUAUGCAGGGCGCGUACCAUGGUCGUACCAUGGGCGCUGUCGCUGUCACCAAGAGCAAAACUGGGUAUUCCGAGGGUACGCAUCCCUUGAUGCCCGGCGUCUUCGGCACACCGUUCCCUUACUGGCACCACUUCCUAGGUUCACCCUCCAUGAAUGAGGAUGAACUUGUACGGCAAUGCUUGUACCAGCUCGAGCUUCUGCUCCAGCAGCAGACCGCACCGAAGGACACAGCGGCUAUCAUCAUCGAGCCCGUGCUCGGCGAGGGCGGCUAUGUUCCCGCACCGGCAUCCUUCCUCCGUGGGCUUCGCGAGAUCUGUGACAAGAACGGUAUCCUGCUCAUCAUUGACGAGGUGCAGAGCGGGUUUGGCCGCACGGGCAAGAACUUCUACAUUGAGUACAGCGGUGUCAAGCCCGACAUCCUGACUAUGGCGAAGGGUCUCGCGAACGGCUUCCCGCUCAGUGGUAUCGUCAGCCGGAAGGAGUUGACAGAUAAGCUCAAGCCCGGCUCAAUGGGCGGAACCUACGCCGGCAACGCCGUUUCGUGCGCCGCUGCCGUCGCCGUUGCGGAUGCGUUCAAGGAAGAGAAGAUCCUCGAGAACGUGAACGCUCGUUCGGCCGAGCUCUUCGCCGCUCUUCAAGCCGUCCGCGAGAACCCCAAGAUCGGUCCGCACAUCCUCGACAUCCGCGGUCAAGGAUUGAUGGUAGCUGUCGAGUUCGCCUCGCCGUCGCACUCGACGCUCGACCCCGCGACGAGCGCGACGACGCCGAAGAAUUUCUCAUCGCGCGUGUCGAAGAGGUGCCUUGAGAAGGGCAUGUUGCUAUUGAUCACCUCGGCAUACGAGACUGUCAGGUUCAUUCCUGCGCUCAAUAUCUCGAAGGAGGAUUUGGCGAAGGGGACAGCUAUCUUCGCCGAGGCUGUUGAGGAGAUCGUUCGUGAGGGUUGA